UCCCAGUGGGCCCUUUGCAGAGGGAUAUAAAGUCCGGUGCCCCAUGGGAGCUGGCACAUACCUUCCAGUACUCCCCAGGUUCGCCAUCCAUGCAGAGAAGAGAGGGAACAGUCGUGAAGAUGAUGACCAUGCUGCUGAGCCUUACGCUGUCUCUGUUCGGUGCGUUCCAGGCCCGAGCUGAGGUCCCCGUGCAGCCAGACUUCGAUGCUGCCAAGUUCUCAGGGAUGUGGCACAUCAUGGCAGCAGUGUCGAACUGCCCAAUCUUCCAGAGCAUGAAGGACUUGAUGAAGACAUCUGCAGCCAUCAUUACCGUCACGCCAGAGGACAAUCUGCGUUUCAAAAUUGGCUUCCCCUUGCAAGACGGAUGUAAGAAAAUUGAUCUGGUCUUUGAGAAGACUGGGCAGCUGGGUCACUACACGAAUUCGCAGAUGGGCAAGCAGGACAUGCGUGUGGUGGCGACGGACUACACCAACUACGCCAUUGUGUACACCUUCAAGGACGAUGACGGGAAGAGCAGCACCACCCUGCAGCUCUACAGUAGAAUUCAGGAGGUGAACCCUGAGGCCAUGAAGAUAUUCAAGGAGCUCUACCCACCCAUGGGCCUCACCGAUAACAUGCUGGUCAUCCUCCCAAAGUCAGAUGAAUGUGUCAAGGCCCUCAGCAGUUAAGAAGGACCCAUCAGCUGCAGCUCCUCCAGCUCCAACUGAUGGCAGAAGCGUCAGUGUUCCAGAAAUCCAGGCUGUUGCUUCGUCCCUCACCCUUCUCUCCUCCUCUGCGGUGAUUUGCUCUGUCUUGCUGCACUUGCGGUCUGGGCUCUGCUGGACUUGCUGCUUCACGAGGGGUUUUCUCUUCUCCCUGCUAAAUAAAGAUU